AUGGCUGAUUCUUCUCCCGGUGGAUCUCCUCUUUCCACCCUUUCCUCUGAUGCCUUCGAAGCAGAAGAGGAGCACGACGCCAUAGCUGUUGAAGCUCCAAUGCCUCCAGCAAAGAGACAAAAGAUCGGAGAUUCCUCCAUGGAAUCUAUGCGCGCAACUCCAACUCACCAUCUCGAUGACGAUGCCUUCUCCUCAAUCGCAAUAUCCUCUGAUACCGAUGGCGAAGUGCCCAGUUCUCCCAGCAACCUCCGACCCGAAGACGAUGAUACACAUGAGCAAGUGACAGUAUGCUCCUGGACAGACUGCGACGCAGGAGAUACGGGGGACAUGGACAAGCUUGUUGACCAUAUUCAUAAUGAGCAUAUUGAGACAAGGGGCAAGAAAUAUACCUGCGAAUGGUCGGAUUGUACACGCAAGGGUAUGCCGCAUGCAAGUGCGUAUGCUUUGAAGUCGCAUAUGAGAAGUCAUACAAGAGAGAAACCCUUCUAUUGUACCCUACCAGAAUGUGACCGUGCCUUUACGCGCUCUGAUGCGUUGGCCAAACAUCAUCGAACUGUUCACGAGACCGAAGCAUUACGCCCGUCAGAUCCAAUUCCCAAAUCUAUGCAAGCAUUGCACAAAACAUCACGGCUAAAGGACGUGAUGAAGCCGCCUCAACCUCACGCCGAAGGCCACUUUGCAGGACCUCUGAAUGGUGUUGUCGAUGGCAGCGACCUUAAUGGCUGGACCUCAUCAUAUUCAGAAGAACUUGGGUUCACAGCAGAGGAAGAGGCUAGGGGACCGAAAGAGUUGUGGCGACUAUUACGCAGGCAAUUGCAUUGGGCGGAAGAAGAAACAGAUUCUUUAAAGCGGCAAUGUGAGAUGAUCGAAGAGCUACGGAAGAAAGAGUGGCUCGAGAAAGAAAUUUUGCUGGACCAAACAAUGAAAAAUGAAAUCAGCUGGCAUGUCAGGAGGAGUGAGGUUUUGGCAGGCAGAGCAGAGAUACCGACUGGAGACGAACUCAAAGCAGCUGCUGAACGAGCUGCUUUGAACAAAGUCCUCUCACCCCCAUCUUUUGAAGGGAUGUCGCCGGGUCCGAGACCAAUAAAAGGUCAGCCUAUUGAGGACCAACGAGAGGCAGCUGCCGUUUUAGCGUCUUUACACCAGGCGUAA